GAACUUAUCUACGAGGAAACCGGAGCCUUGCCUUGUUAUGCCACGGCCGCCCAACGUCCAUAUCAUGAGGCACGCCUUGCUCCCCGUAUUCUACUGGAAGUAUUUGCUUCAUUGGUACUCGUUAUCAAGUUUUUGUUCUGUAUUGAUCGAGAGUGGACAGGGAGAACGCCGAGCGAAAGUAGGUUCGCAAGCCCGUCAAUGACCACUACAGUAAUGGACGAGGUUUCGAACAUCUGCCGAACCAAGCUGCAACCAGUCAGCUUUCCUAUGUCAUUCAAUACCCAUAGAAUCCAGAAACCACUCAGGCCCAGGCUGGAGACCCUUCUCCAUCGCCUCACCACCAACCUCCACCAAUCUGAGCAUCGCCACUCCAUUAACACAGCACAUGCGACCACACCCACUGGAGAACUCGGGAUCCCGUCCGCUCUCCUAUCGAUAAACUAG